GCUUGAGUUUAAAUCAUAUUUCAAAUUACAGAACUCGGCAACCAAUUUAACCUUUUCAUGCCCGAUUUUACAAUACUGCAUUGUAGAUACUUGGCGUAAUAUCUAAUUUGAUUAUUUUCAUCUUGUACUGCGAUUUUAUAACAAAAGGUAAAGAUAACAAGAUUAUAAGUCCAGUUAACAUAACGAAUCGCGAACGGGGCAAAAGCACAGGCAACUGAAAAAAUAGAGUUGGAUCUGGUAACUAACUAGGAGGAGUAAGCACCCUCUGUUGUCCGGUCUAUAAUUAAAAGAAAGCAUGGCUGAUAACAAUAAAGAUUAUGACUAUGCGUACGAGUAUCCUGAGAUAGAAGAUCCGUUUGCCAGCGUAGAGACUUGCAGACAAACGGACAAACCAGAACCACAGAUAUUACAAAGUCUGAUCUCUAAAGAAAAUGGAAGCAUCAAAGAUUUGACCGCCGAUGGCUUUAUUUCAUUUCUGGAAAACAAUCAGGGAGCAACAGAAAAAGACUCUCUGAGAUUUGCAGAGACACUAUUAGUGCCAAAACUUCAAAAAUCCAAAGACAUUAUGUCGCUUUCACAUCUGCUCUCUAUUGACGAAAGUAAAUUUCAGAAUUGUGUUUUGAGAUCUCUUCAGAAAUUAUUAAUGGAGGUAGAUCUUAAUGAAUUUUCAGUGGAAGUCAUUCAGGUCUGUCUUAAAAGCGUUGCACAACUUUUACAAUAUUCCCAAGAGGAAGAUUCUCUCCAAAAGAUUGUAAUGACAGUUCCAACUGUGCUUCGAAGUUGUGCGAUAGCUGUAAUGCUCCACUGCUGCUACAGAAAGGUAAAGAAAACGGUGUUCAACAACAUGAGUAAGAGUUGUGAAACAAUAGAAAAAGUGUGGAAAACUGCGAUUUCUGGAAAAAGGAUAAAAAAGGAGGAACCAUUAAAUUACCAGAUGGUUCAGGGAGGUUUGGCUUUGGCGGCAAACAUGGGGAAGUUUAAGUAUGGGACACAUUUAAAGGGUGUUUUUCAAAGUGUGGACGAUUCUUUUACAUCCUCAGAGCAUGAUAUGUCACUCGUGAAGAUUGGAAGUAGUGGGUCUGUUGUUGACCAAUAUAUUGUUAUUCUGGGAAUCUUAACAAAGAUGACAAGCAAUCCACGACAAAUGUGCGAGAGGUUCAUUAGUUUUUUGCAUCCAAUACUUCAUCAAAAAUAUAUUGAUAAGAAAAGGACAGAUCCUGAAUUCAAGCAACUUGGACAUCUUGUUAUUUGUGGCAUAGCAUUUAUAGCAAGAAAAUUUUCUCAGAUAGAAACAGAGAGUUUUCACGAUAUCAUUGAUGUUUUUGCACAUGACCAACAACUUAUCCCCGAAGAAAUGUCUGACCUUCUGUUGUCCAUAAACGCUAAAGUAGCACAACCAUUUAUCUCUAGCUUGAAUCUCUCCGAGGGAACAAUGAAUCAGCUAGCCGAGUCCUAUAUUGCAAGAGCAAUUCCAGGGCUAGUCGUUCAUAACCAAAAUCGAAGGAAUCUUCCAAAACUGUCAGAUCAGUCUCAUUGGAUGGUAUCCGGAGGUCGACUGUUUAAAAACUCAGUGCGUAUAGCAAUAAAAGUACCAGGAAUAUCGGGUAUUCAAAUUCAGAAUUGUAAGAAUUCGAUCGAAAGUAACCAGUUAGUGAAUGAAUUUGAUGUAUUGAGGACAAUACACGGAGGUAAAACUGCGAAUAUUGUGAAACUGUGGGCCUUCAACCCUCAACCAAGUCCAUUACCGUUUUACGUCAUUGAAAGUUUUCAGAAAUUCCUUCUCGAUGGACUUCUGCAUGCAAGAAAUCAUCAAAAAUUCCUUUCUGAGGAUUGGAUGAACGACCGACUUUUGGACAUUGGAAGUGCCAUCAAUUUUCUUCAUCAGAAGAAAAUUAUACACAGGGAUAUUACCAUUAAUUCUUUUGCAAUAAGGGAAUACCCAUCUCAUGGACACGAAAAAGCUGUCCUCUGUAGUCUUCAGAUGGCCUGCUCUAAUGACGACGAAGCAUCAGCCAAAACGGGGCAUAUAGCAGAUAUUCAUGGAGAAAACAUACCCACCAGGUGGUCAGCCCCAGAAUCACUUUGGGAAGAUAAAUACGAUGUUUAUACUGAUAUUUGGAUGAUUGGUCACGUGAUCCACUCACUGUUCAAGCCAUACACAGAGUUGUACAGUGAGACAACAGAUGACAUCAUGGCUAAAGUCGUCUCCUGUGGACUGAAACCUUAUAAAUGGCCAUGUGUUCCCCUUCCUUACCACAAACUGGCCACUGACUGUCUGCACUUUGACAGAGGAAAAAGAAUACAUAUUGAUAUAAUGCGUCAAAGGUUAAAAGAAAUAAGAAAGAAACAAGAACAUUCACGAAAGUCUUAUUACGAGCAUGAGCUACCCAAGAUUUCAGAUCAGCAAACUGAAAGACAACAUAAACCCGUACAGGGAAUUCCACUGAUGGUGAAGAAAAUGAAGGAAUUGACGGAAAAUGGAGAUAAGAGAAAAAGCUACUUUGAAAUAAAAAAGCGGGUUCCAACCAGUCCUAAUCCCGACUACGCACCUCUUGUCAUGACGUUAGGUAAGGGGGACCUUCUAUCUCCAGAUGAACCAAAAAUUAGCAUAAAGAGAUUUGAACUUGAAGUAGAGGAAGAAGUAACUGUCGACUUUCAUGACAAAAUAUUCCCAAAAAUGAGUCCAGAUUUUGGAGAGAAAAUGUGCAUGCAAUGGCCACCAGUGAAGCAUUCCUUUACCACUCAGGGAGUCAAAGUAAUAUUGAAAUACAGUUUCCCAGCAGCUAGGAACAUCAUGGAUUUAGUUCCAUUAUACGUCAACAACGCACAUGGAGAGGAAAAUUAUCACCUCCGAAUUAUACAUCAAGUCGCGUGUCUGGUGAAAAGGAUGCAUGAAAAACGUUGGCUAUUGGUCGAUAUAACUGGAAAGAGCAUUUAUAUCCAAGAGGAAAACGGUUUAAAGGCAUGUCAAAUACGAAUAGGACGGAUGUUGAGACUACCAUCUGGAGAAGAUAGCAUAAAGUGUGCCAGAAAGCUAGAGGAUAUUAUGUACUGGCUUCCAAAGGAGGUAAUUGGACACGGUGAAAUUUCCACAGGAAGUGACGUUUAUACAAUGGCCAUGCUGUUUUACGAGUUUUACAUGGCAGUCUCUGGAAAUGAUCAACUACAAUGUGUUCCUUUUUCCUACAAACACAGAUCUCAAAUAUUAAGUCAUUUAAAUGACGGUCAUUCUCCCGAUCGACCACCUGCCUGUCCUGAAUGGUUGUACAAGGAAGUGAUGAAGCCAUGCUGGGACCAGGACAGAACUAGUCGACCGUCAGCUGCAGAUAUUGAGAGCAUCAUAGCUAGAAAGAUUUCAGAAAUCUAUGAAAGAAAGAAAGACACAGAGGACGAUACGUAUGACAGUUUUGAAAGCAUGUCCCAGAAAUUAGCUUAUCAAGACGCGAUCUCGGAAAAUCUAAUGGAGAAGGACAGAGGAGCUAUUGAGAGUGAAAGUGACGAAGAUUACGUUUGUGUACAGAGGCAUCAACCUACAGAUUUAUGUAGUGGUGCACCUUCAUCAGAGAACAACGGAAACAACUCUUAUAAUGAUGAAAAAAUUAAAGAAGAAUUAAUUGUAGAUACAAAUGCAUCAAAUGAAACACAGCUAAAGAGAAUAUAUCGGAAACUCCAAGAAAUGGAUCAUUUUGAGCGUGCACAUACACGCGAUGGUCAAUCUUCUGGGAAAUUAGAAGACAUUCCAAAUUAUGAACUGUUUUCUCAAUCAGGAGAGUCUUAUGCUGGAACCGAAGAAAAAUGCCCUUAUAGUGCAACUCCAAAUUACGAAAAUGGAACCAUCCUUUCAUCGAAAAUGAAGAUGAUGAGACCACAACCAUUCCGAAGUAAUAUGACACCUAAUAAUGAUUUACCAGUUCCCCACGUAUACAAAGAAAACCCACUAUUCCAAACUGAUUCCUCUAUCCAUCCAUGUGCAAAUGACUUUGGUGAAGUAGACUGUGGGUCAGAAAUUUCAACUGCAGCAAGCACCUGUACUCAAGAGGAGUUAUCAGAUGAUUCGGACUAUGAAAACGAUGUUGAAAACAACAUGUAUGCGAAUCAAUGAUACAAAGCUGAUGAGCAUUUAUUUCCAAAUCUCUUAUUGUCCAUAAACAUUUGAGAGCUUCUACGUGAGAAGUGCUUACUCAUACAUUGUUUUGCUCCCAUUUAUAGACCAGUUUUGGAACUUUUUUGCUUAAUAUUAUUUUGUUAAAUUUUUCUUGACCCUCAAACUAGAUCUGUGGUUUUAUAUUUUGCAAUUUCUGAAUAAUUUUUCCGUAAUUGAUGUUAAAUUUUUCUAUUUCUUGAUCCUCAUACAAGAUCUUAGGUUUCAAUUUUUGCAAUGUCGGAUUACAGUCGGAAUAAUUCUUCCGUAAUUUUUGUCAAGAAGGACAGCUAAUCUUGUUUGUUACGUAUACUCAAAAAUAGCUUUAUAAUGGUAUACUCAAAGUAAAUCAUACCGUGCCAGUACAAAAAAAGUUAAUUAUACAGUGCCAUCAUAAUUACAAAUACUUUUACCCAUUAUAUUUUCUAGUGAAUAAUUGUCUUCCAGUUCUUUAGAUAAAAAAAAAUAUCCCUUCGCAUAUUAUAAACUGUAGAGGGAACAUAAAUUAUGAUAAAAAUAUGAAAGCAAUAUUAGCUGCAUUUCUGAGAUUUUUAUGUUGUUGUUAAGAUGUUUUAUCAUGAUAGAUUUGUAUGUAAUUUAAACCUAUAAAGU